ACUCUUUCUAUAUAUCUUUCACCUAAUGGUUUCUUUGAAACAAAAAAGAAAAACACUCAAAUAAUUUUCUAACUUUUUUUCAUCAUGCAGAACAACUAUCAAUCAUCCUUUCGGCAGUUCAGUGAUGAGCUUCGUGUUCAAACCAACAAUCUCUCAAAUCUUUCUCUUAACGACUCCAUCUGGAGCACCUCUUACGUAUCGAAACGGCCCGAAAAAGACCGUCGGAAUUUCGACAUUCGCGUAGGAGGAAAUGCCCACAACACCACCACCAAUGGAAACAAUAGUUCCGGACCGUCAAACCCGGACUUCAACGGGUUCAACUUUGGUUGGAAGAUCGGGUCCUCUGGGGUAAUCGGGUCAAGUAGUCCGAACCCGGUUGGUGAUUAUGGGAUUAAUGGAGGGUUUAAUAAAGGGGUUUAUUUAAACCCUGGUUUGAAUGUUAACCAGAAUAUUAAUCAGGUUAGUAAUGUUGUUAAAGUUGUGAAUGAUAAAGAUAAACGUAAGCAUGGGAAAAACAAAAAGAAUCGUGGUAAUAACAACGUUAGUAAAAGUGAAAAAGACGGCGGGAAGAAUAGUGUGGAUAAGAGAUUCAAGACACUACCGCCGUCAGAAUCUUUGCCGAGAGAUGAAACGGUUGGCGGUUAUAUCUUUGUCUGCAACAAUGAUACCAUGCCAGAGAAUCUCAAGCGGGAGUUAUUCGGUUUACCACCGCGUUACCGUGACUCGGUUAGGCAAAUCACGCCUGGUUUACCCCUUUUUCUCUACAAUUAUUCAACCCACCAACUUCAUGGAGUUUUUGAGGCUGCCAGCUUUGGGGGUACAAACAUCGAUCCCACUGCUUGGGAGGAUAAGAAAAACCAAGGCGAAUCCUCCUUUCCUGCUCAGAUACAAGACUUUCAUCAUUGAUCCCACAGCAUCCUUCUAAAACCAAUUCUUCAAGAUACUGCAACCUCAAAAUUGAAGGCAAGCAUUUUUUGGUGAUCUGUCGUACAAACAAGAAACAAUCUGAAUUAGGAAUGUAUCAAACAACCAAAAAUCAUAGGCUUUUUUCAUCAAAAACAUGGGCCCACUGGUGCGGGUGGAUCGGGAUUGAGCGGCGGAAGAUUGUGAACAGGGGCGGUGGCGGAGGAAAUGCGACAGUGGCGGAGAGUUUGGUUGCAGGUUCCAUGGCGGUUUGAUGCUCACCACCGCCUCAAGUUUUGGAGAUUUUCCACAGUGGUGGUUCAAUGUAUGUAUGUGUUCGGUUUUAAAUUGAAUUGUCUGAUGUAUGUAUGCAGGCUUUAAAUUGAAAUUGUC